UCCCCGCAUGCGUCCUUUGAUUGGCGUGCCGUUGCUUUCACGGAAGCGCUUUCAGGUGGGCAGCUGCAUUUGGAGGAGCGGCGCGUUUCGCGGAGGCCGUCGCUAUGGCUCGAAAUGCAGAAAAAGCUAUGACAGCCUUGGCAAGAUUUCGCCAAGCUCAGCUAGAAGAAGGAAAAGUUAAGGAACGGAGGCCUUUUCUUGCAUCAGAAUGUAACGAAUUGCCUAAAGCUGAGAAAUGGAGACGUCAGAUUAUUGGUGAAAUUUCCAAGAAAGUGGCACAAAUCCAAAAUGCUGGUUUGGGUGAAUUCAGAAUUCGUGACUUGAAUGAUGAAAUCAACAAACUUCUAAGAGAAAAGGGGCACUGGGAGGUCCGAAUAAAGGAACUAGGAGGACCCGAUUAUGCAAGAAUUGGACCCAAAAUGCUUGAUCAUGAAGGGAAAGAAGUUCCAGGAAACAGGGGCUACAAAUAUUUUGGAGCUGCUAAAGAUCUACCUGGUGUCAGGGAGCUUUUUGAAAAAGAACCCCUUCCUCCUCCAAGGAAGACACGAGCUGAACUCAUGAAGGCUAUUGAUGCAGAAUACUAUGGCUACAGAGAUGAGGAUGAUGGUGUUUUGGAACCACUGGAACAGGAACAUGAAAGACAAGUUAUUGCAGAAGCAGUGGAGAAAUGGAGAACAGAGAGAGAAGCACGACUUGCAAGAGGUGACAAGGAAGAAGAGGAGGAGGAAGAAAACAUCUAUGCAGUAAAUGAUGAUGAGUCUGAUGAAGAAAGUGGAAAGGAGAAGGAAGGUGAGGAUAGCCAGCAGAAGUUUAUUGCUCAUGUCCCAGUGCCAUCACAACAGGAGAUUGAGGAAGCUCUUGUCCGAAGAAAGAAGAUGGAACUUCUUCAGAAGUAUGCCAGUGAAGCUCUUAUGGCUCAAAGUGAAGAGGCUAAAAGGCUUCUAGGACUGUAAUAGUUCUUGCGGCAUUUCUGUGUUUGUAAUCUAUCCUAAAACAGUAGAUGACUUUGGGAGGAGCUACUUAAAGCAUUUUGAUUGUGGAGAAAGAAACAUUCUCAUUGCACUUGCUUAAAACUGCAAGUGACUUUUUCAUGAGAUUUCCUUGCAGCAUCUUAUCCCUAGUAAGUUCUUUUUAUGUUCAGCCUUUCCAGUGACUCCAGAUGACCAGCAUCUUCCUUUAAGCUCUCCUUUUCUAGUUACCUUUGCCUUUUCUUAAUUUCUGCUUUAUGUAGCAAUUUCUACUGUGGUAAAUACUGUUAGAUUAGAAAGUGCAUACUAAAUACCAUUCUACUGUCUGUCUAAUCAGUGGCAUACAGUAGCAUUUGGCAGAAGGCUUAUUUAGCUUAGCCUGUGGCCUGUAGAUAGAAUAGGAAGGCACAUUCUAUAGCUGAUUCAGUUUUAUUGUUUUGGUUUUGCAGUGGAACUGACAUGCUGUGCCCAAACAAUGCAGUUUUCAGUAGCGUGCUCAAAGCUCUUUGGAGUAGCUGCGCACUUGGUUGGAUUUUGAAAGUGCUGGAUAUUUCAGCGAGUAAUACUGUAAAUAUUGUUUAACCUUUGUAAUAUUUCUCAAAACUUUUCAAUAAA